UCUUCAUUCCUCACAAAUCAUUCAACACUCCAUCUCUGUAUCAACCUCUCUUUUCUUCCUACGACCAACCCAUCAAUUCAACCAACAUCACCAAUGGCUCCAACAAAGGCCGAGAAGAAGCCAGCCGAGAAGAAACCCGCAGCAGAGAAAUCCCCUGCAGAGAAGAAACCUAAGGCUGAGAAGAAGAUCUCGAAGGAAGGAGGAAGCGACAAGAAGAAGAAGAAAUCCAAGAAGAGCGUUGAGACCUACAAGAUCUACAUCUUCAAGGUUUUGAAACAGGUUCAUCCUGAUAUCGGAGUCUCCAGCAAGGCUAUGGGAAUCAUGAAUAGUUUCAUCAACGACAUCUUCGAGAAACUAGCUCAAGAAUCCUCUCGUUUGGCUAGGUAUAACAAGAAGCCAACUAUUACUUCAAGGGAGAUUCAAACCGCUGUUAGAUUGGUACUUCCUGGUGAAUUGGCCAAACACGCCGUUUCCGAGGGUACAAAGGCCGUCACCAAAUUCACCAGUUCUUGAAUUAUGUGAUAUGGUACCUCCCUGUUAGGUUUAAUUUGUUUUUUUUUUUGUUAAAUUAGGGUUUAUCUGGAGAUUGUUGAUGAAAUGUAAUGAAUUUUAGUUUUAAUAAAUGGUGUUUAAAAUUGUUCA